AUGAUCAAAUCGAUUUACUCUCGACAGCACAGCUCAACGACGCCUCCAAAUACGCCUCCUGUCCCUCAAUUGAAGAAAUCUAUUCUCAAGGAGAACGGUACACCUGCGAAAGGCAACUCAGUUCGAUUCUUUAGCAGGGAUGCUAACUCUUCAACGCCUUCAUUCGAAAAACCAAAAGAAAGCGAUAAUCACAACCUUCCUAGUCUAGAUAUCAUCUCUAAUUCCCCAAAUCCCUUUUCAAGGCCAAUGCCUGCUAAUCACCCAGCUUCUAUACAAGAUGAUAGCUUGGUUGAUGAACAAGUAAAGGAUAUCCCGCGUUCUUCCCCUCCAAAAUUGGAAUCUGAUGGUGCAGAUAGCCUCGUUGAUAGUGCUGUGGACUUGGAGAGAUUACGAUUGCUUGAAGACGUCGUUGACGCUCUCAAGAAUGAGCUCGACGUUGAGAGACAGCGUCACCAAUCCGCACAAAAUGAAGUUGAGCGUAUCUCAAAUGUAUUGGAUAAUAAUCAUGUUGAAGAUCAAUUGAAAUCAAUGCAGACUUCGUAUCAAACGUUGAAAGAUAAGAUUACUGAUAAGAUCAAGCAUUAUGAAACGGAAAUUUCUGUGUACAAUACACGCAUCGAGCACUUGGAAUCGUCUAAUCAAUCACUCGAAUCCACAAACAGCUCACUGAGCAACACCAAUACAACACUCGAAUCUGAAAAUAUAUCCUACAAGAAUACGCUCACUGAAUUACAAUCAACCAGGCAAGAAUUAGAAAGAGCAUUAGAUAUCACACGUGAGGAACACAACAGCGCGCUGACAGCGAGGGAUGAAGAGCGUGCACAUUCGGACUCUUUAGCGGUAAAGCUCAGUGAGCUACACAAAAAGUUGGAAGGUUUACAGAAAAUAAUUGCUAAUAGAUCGAAUGAGCAGAUGCUAUCGCAGUUAAAACAACUCCGAGACAAUUCAAUGGAGCAGUUGGCAGAAAUGCACGACGAGCUAGCGAAUCAAAGAGACAAAUACGAGGCACAGAUUCACACACUUCAAACCCAACUAAAUGAAUCCCUAGACGAGCGUAUCAAACAGGAGCACAAGUCUAGCACUCUCAGUCAUCAAGUUGAAACUAUGGAAGCUGAACUGCGUAGCGCUGAUGAAGAAAUGGCUAAUUCCUUCAACUCUCAUCAAGUAGAACUGAACGCUUUGCGCAGUCGUAUUGAAGAGCUCUCAGAUAUGCAGCGACAACACGAAAUCGAAAAUCAAAAUCAAGCUCCAACCAUGGAGAUGCAGCAAGAGAUGCAACAACUCAACAUUUCGAUGGAACAAUUCAAGGAACAUACUGCUGCUUUAGAGAAGGAGUUAAGUGAUUCACAGCGGAUAUUGCAUAACGAGAGAUCGCAGUCGGAGAAUGUCUUUGAACGACUUUCUGCGCUACAGGCAGAAUAUGACGACUUGAGCGAGAUGAACAUGGAGCUUGAAAAAUCGCAGAUAAGGUUACAGAAAGAGAUUACGAGUUCAGGCAAAUAUCAUGACCAGUCGCAUGUCAUCGAGAAACUUACAAGGGAUAUGGAGAGAUACAAGCAGGCACACAACAACGAUGAGCUUGUGAUUGACAAACUUCAAGGCGAAAACGCGAGACUUGUUGAAGAUUUCGAAAAUAUCAAGAUUGCUUUGCAGGCAAAGCAGCAAGAGGUACACUCUGUGCGACGGAUAUCAGGUGUGCAGAAAUUACUAACAUCCGACGACACAACCAUGAACAGUUCAAGACGCACAUCCAGGCGCUCAUCAGGGUUUGAAGGUAAAUUGCCAUCGCGACCUGCGAUGCUAAGACGAGAAAGUAAUCCUCCCAGAGACGACAGGCCAUCAGAGGUACUAAGACGGUCUGCGACUACGCCAUCCACCGAUGUUCCUCCCCGUCCUCCUACUUUGCAAGGUAGCAGACGGAGAAAAUCAGAGGCUAUGCGCACCUUCCUGGGAUCUUCCACAUCCACUGUGAAGCCACUAUCUAAUCGUACGGGGAUUCUCGAACGGUCGCCGUCGCCACCACCAUCAAACACUACCCACAGCUCUAUCAACGUGUCUCACGGCCAAAAUCAGGACAUACGUUCACCCUCGUUCAUAAAUGGUGUUCAGGACCAACACCACGAUGCACAUGCUCAACUAGAAAGAAUGGCGACCUCGGAAUUGAGCUUUGACAGCUCUACGCCAUCACUCCCCGAGCUAUCUGGACAAUUAUCAUUUGAAGUGUAA